CCCAUGCAAUGCGUGUACACUAUUUUUAAGGGCACCAAUACAACUAAAGAGAAACCUCGUAAACUUGAUAUUGAACGCAGAAAAUUUUAUUCAAGAAAGUGACACUAACUUAUUUAAAAUGAUAGUUUUGUUGCUGUUAAGCUUUCUACAUUUCCGCAAAUACCUUAGAUGUUUUAUGUGUAUGAGAAAUGUCAAACGAUACUGCCUCGCGCUGGUUUGGAGUUGCUUGAUUGAAUCAAUUUGUUUUGGGGUACGUUUAAACAAACAAAAGGUCGAGAAGCGUUGAGUCAAUUUACAAGCGCCAUCAACAGACUGCAGCAGCAGGCUGCACGUGAACCGGACGUUGACCUCGUGGAUCGGGUUUUUCAUCCCACGCAUGCGUACUUUUUCAAUUGGAGUCGGUGAAACGGGAUAAGGUUACUGGCCUGGAGAACAGAGACUUCCCGGGAUCUGAAUGAGUCAUGGCCCAAUUCGGGGGACAGAAGAAUCCACCGUGGGCGACUCAGUUUGCUGCCACGGCGGUGUCUCAGCCAGGCCACUCAGGACAGUCUCUUGACCUCAACAGCUUGCACUCUCUCGGUGUGCAGCAGCCAUCUCUCCUUGGAGCGUCUCCCUCAGUUUACUCUCAGCAGUCGGCCUUGGCUGCAGCUUCACUCAGCAACCAGUCCGCAGCAAACUAUCAGCUGUCUCAGCAAACUGCAGCUCUGCAGCAGCAAGCUGCUGCAGCGGCAGCGGCGGCUCUUCAGCAGUCCCAGAUCAAUAACGCACUCCAGCAGUAUCAACAGCAGCAGCAACAACAGCAACAACAACAACAGCAGCAGCCUCCCCAGCAACCCCCACAGCAGCAACUUUACAGUGUACCUCAUCAGCUUCCUCAGCCUCAACAGGCGCUUCUCUCACAGCCCCCUGUUGCCUUGCCCACAAGCUUGAGUUUAUCCAACCCCCAACAGACUGCCCAGAUAACUGUGUCGUAUCCAACUCCACGAUCGAGUCACCAACAGCAGACGCAGCCACAGAAGCAGCGAGUCUUCACUGGUGUGGUCAAUAAGCUGCAUGAUACGUUUGGCUUUGUAGAUGAAGAUGUCUUCUUUCAGCUUAGCGCUGUUAAAGGGAAGACUCCUCAGGUUGGUGACCGGGUCCUGGUAGAAGCCGUGUAUAACCCAAAUAUGCCCUUUAAGUGGAAUGCUCAGCGCAUCCAGACCUUACCUCAGAUGGCAAAUCAGUCGCAUCAGCAGCAGCCGCAGCCUUUGCCCCAAGCUUCCCCUCAGCUCGGCAGCCUUUACAAUGAACCUGGAAUGCAGCUGCGCUACACAGACAUGCAUUCCACCGCGGACAACAGAAAUAGCCAGCCCCAAGGUCCUAACAUGAUAAAGCCAACACCCACCAUGCUACAGUCAUUACCUCCACCAACCACUUUCAGUGUUCCGUCCCAGGCCCCUCCACCUUCACUUCUUCAGGCGCAGCUUUCUGCUGCCUCACUAGCCCCCCUUCUCCAGAAUCCUCCCCAACCUCUGCUUCCACAGCCUCCACCCAAAGAUGUGUUUACCGGUGGUCUGCUUCAGCCUCCAGUGAGAAUGAUGCCGCAGCCACAGCCGGUCCGGCGAAUCGAACCUCCGCCUCGCUUCCCUACUAGAAAUGACAGAGUCCCAGAACUCAUCCUCAGGCCUAAAGAAGAACGCAGAGACAGAGACCGUGACCGCAGGAGAUCCAGAGAAAGGUCUCCUACUCGCAAGCGCUCCAGGGACCGGUCACCCAGGCGAGAACGCUCCCCGAGACGCCCUCGCAGGGUAGUUCCUCGCUACACAGUUCAGUUUUCCAAAUUCAGUCUGGAUGGAACCAGCUGUGAUUUGAUGGAGCUGAGAAGGCGCUAUCAGAGUCUCUACAUACCCAGCGACUUCUUUGACGCCGUCUUCACCUGGGUGGAUGCGUUCCCUCUUACUCGGCCGUUCCAGCUUAGCAACUCCUGUAACUUCCACAUCCUCCACAAAGAGGUGGAUUCUUUUGUCAAAAAUACAGCUGUGCUGGACCCCCCUGAUGUAAACCACACCUACAGCGCAAAGGUGAUGCUGCUUGCUAACCCCAGUUUAGAGGAGCUGUACCACAAGUCGUGUGCUCUGGCUGAGGAUCCUCAGGAACUUAGAGAGUCCUUCCAGCAUCCUGCCAGACUUAUUAAGUUUUUGGUGGGCAUGAGAGGUAAAGAUGAGGCCAUGGCCAUUGGUGGUCACUGGUCUCCCUCUCUGGAUGGAGCAGACCCCGAACAGGAUCCAGCAGUCCUGAUUAAGACAGCCAUACGCUGUUGCAAGGCUCUCACAGGCAUAGACCUUAGCCUUUGCACUCAGUGGUAUCGUUUUGCAGAGAUUCGCUAUCAUCGGCCGGAGGAGACACACAAGGGGCGGACUGUCCCUGCUCAUGUGGAGACAGUGGUUUUGUUUCUUCCGGAUGUUUGGCAUUGUCUUCCUACCCGUUCAGAGUGGGAGGUGCUGUCACGGCGGCUUCGGGAGCAGCUGGCUGAGAAGUUGUCGGCUGAGCGAAAGGAGGCGGAUGGAGAACAGG